AUGUAUGAAAAAGAUGAUCAACUGCUGUUGGAAAAUAACAAGGAUGAGAGGAAAAUGAUUGAAGGGCCUGAUCAGUCCAGAAAUGCUGGAAUUGAAACAUGGAAUUACAAGAUUCGCAAUUCCCUCAUGUUUUAUCCAGAAGGUCAUGAUAAAGGAGCAGUCGAAGAAAAUACACGGUGCGCACCCAAGAAGAUUGUUCAUCAUGCUACAAGGUUUGAAUCUACAGAAGAAGCGUCGAUCACAAGUCACGCAGCAGCGACCGCAGCGGCAACAGCCGCCAGUGGUAUCGAUCUUGAUAGUAGUAGUAGCGCGUCUGAAACUCCCACAGUCGGCGGUUACAGUUUCGUAACUGCUACACCUUCUCCGAACCCUUCACAAAUUGACAGCUCGGAGUUAAUGACUUGGGGUAUGAUAGAGGGUACUCCGUUAUUGAUUGGAGGAGAUCAAUCACCAGGUCGUGCUUUUCAAUUACCACCUACACCACGCAGAGAAAUAAUUGGUAUGAAUCUUUCAAGUAGUGCUUCGCGGAAUUUACGCAAACGAAAUCUCUCUAUGAGAUCACCAAGUCCAUACUCUACCCAAAGUCCCCUGACAAAAAUUGCUAGUCCAAGAGAGCGUGCUUCAUUAUUAUCACCAGCUGCACGAAAAUUAUUGCGUAAAUCGAAUUUGCCAAAAUCGGUUGGUGUGGACGUCCAACUUAGAGCUUCUUAUGCUGCGUCACCAAGAAGUAGAGUUCCCGUCACACCUUCAAAACUAGUCACGCCUACAUUCAAUUCAUUCCCUGACAAAUUUGAUGUAACUCCCAAAGCAAAGUCUGAUGAGCCUUCUGAAAAUUCAAUAAAAGACGAUAAAUAA